ACUAUGGGUAUUUGCGUCUGGCAAAGGCUCCUGGGAACAUGCUUAGUCAUUUUCAAGAUGGCGGCCGAUUCAGCGAGAGAAAAAGCUUUACUCGAAUACAAAAAAAAGCUCUUAGAGCAUCGUGAGCUUGAUGCAAGGCUCAAAGAAAUGAGAGAGCAACUCAAGGAUUUCACCAAGGAAUAUGAUAAAUCUGAGAACGACUUGAAAGCACUACAGAGUGUUGGACAGAUUGUUGGGGAAGUUCUAAAACAGCUAACAGAAGAGAAAUUCAUUGUGAAGGCCACCAAUGGACCACGCUAUGUGGUUGGCUGUCGGCGUCAGGUGGAUAAAGCCAAGCUUAAACAAGGAACAAGAGUUGCUCUUGACAUGACAACACUCACAAUCAUGAGAUACUUGCCAAGAGAAGUUGACCCCCUGGUGUACAACAUGUCCCAUGAAGAUCCUGGAAACAUCUCAUAUUCUGAUGUUGGUGGACUCAGUGAACAGAUCAGGGAGUUAAGGGAGGUGAUUGAGCUUCCUCUGACAAACCCGGAGUUGUUCCAGCGUGUGGGAAUAGCCCCGCCCAAAGGCUGUCUCCUCUUUGGACCACCAGGGACGGGCAAAACACUCCUUGCUAGAGCAGUGGCAAGCCAGCUCGAUGCAAACUUCUUAAAGGUGGUGUCUAGCGCAAUUGUAGACAAAUACAUUGGAGAAAGCGCAAGAUUAAUAAGAGAAAUGUUUGGGUACGCAAGAGACCAUGAACCUUGUAUAAUAUUUAUGGAUGAGAUUGAUGCCAUUGGUGGCAGGAGGUUUUCCGAGGGGACAUCGGCUGACAGAGAAAUCCAAAGAACACUCAUGGAGUUGUUGAAUCAAAUGGAUGGGUUUGAUGUCCUCGGCCAGGUCAAAAUGAUUAUGGCAACAAAUCGACCGGAUACAUUAGAUCCUGCGUUACUGAGACCAGGCCGACUUGACAGAAAGAUAGAAAUUGCUCUUCCAAAUGAACAAGCUCGUAUGGACAUUCUCAAAAUCCACUCUUCGAGAAUCACCAAGCAUGGAGAAAUCGAUUACGAGGCUGUCGUCAAACUGUCUGAUGGAUUCAACGGGGCGGAUCUGAGGAACGUGUGCACGGAAGCAGGCAUGUUCGCAAUUCGCGGUGAGCGCGAUUACGUAAUCGAGGAAGACUUCAUGAAGGCCGUCCGUAAAGUCUCCGACAACAAGAAGCUUGAGUCAAAACUGGACUACAAACCAAUUUAAACUAGUUUGGGUGGAUUGCUGAGCUGAGGCGUGUAGGGGUGAUAGACUGAAGGGAUGCCAAGUCCCAUCUUGUGAGCAGUGAUGUUGGAAAUAAAGUGCACUCAUUAAA